UUUCCCGCCGAAACCACGCCUCUCUGAAGCUUGCCCUACUCUCGCAGUCGCACCGCCAAUUGAGAACAAGCGACCUCUCUUUUCCUCACCUCUCUCCCACGCUCUCGCCGACUCGUCCCUGUUUGAUUCCAGUUCCGUUUCGAGCAUCGAUCAGGGGAACGAACGCGAAAACGAUUUCGGUCCCCUUCUCCUGGUUUCUCGGAGUUGCCAUUUGAUUUAUAAUAUCUUAGGAAGAGCGAAAUGGAGGGGGAGAUGGAAAAUAGGAUCAAGGAGGAGACCGCCGAUUCUCCAAAAUCUGUAUUGGAAGAGGAGGGGAUUUGUAACGUUAAAAGUGAGCUAGCUGUUAGUGAAGAGAAUGAAACCCCCCAGAUCAAUGUUGAAGACGAUACUUGUCUGCCGCUAGAGCUUGAGGCCAAGAAUGGGGAUACUUUUCUUAUUACCGAAACCAUGGAAAAGGAGGAGAAUUUACUACGUGCUAGGGCAAAGGAAGAAAACUUGGAGCAGGAAGUGGCAGAGAAUGCUUGGGGCUCCGAGCUGCGUUUUAGCAAGUUGGAUGAACUGCUAACACAGACUCAGCUUUACUCACAGUUUCUUCUUGAGAAGAUGGAUGCCAUCACAUUUCAGAAUAAUUCCGAGAACACUCCUGAAGUAGAAAAUGAGGCCAAAGGGACGAAAGGGAAUCGUGCACGAAAGAGGAAGGCAACCACUCAUUACAAUAAUAGAAAAGCCAAAACUGCAGUUCGAGCUAUGCUAACAAGAUCCCAGGAAGCUGUUACUCCUGAAGAUACCAGCCUCACAGAUGAGCAGAGGGCUGAGAAAGAGCAAGCUGAGCUUGUUCCCCUGGUGACUGGGGGAAAACUGAAGCAUUAUCAAAUUAAGGGCGUUAAGUGGUUAAUCUCAUUGUGGCAAAAUGGUCUAAAUGGAAUACUAGCUGAUCAAAUGGGUCUUGGUAAAACCAUUCAGACCAUUGGCUUUCUUUCUCACCUUAAAGGAAAAGGUUUGGAUGGACCAUAUAUGGUCAUUGCUCCUCUUUCUACUCUUUCAAAUUGGGUGAAUGAGGUCUCUAGGUUUGUUCCUUCCAUGACUGCUAUCAUAUAUCAUGGAUCAAAGAAAGAAAGGAUGGAUAUAAGAAGAAAACAGAUGCCCAAAGAUAUUGGCCCUAAGUUCCCUCUGAUAAUUACUUCAUAUGAGAUUGCACUAUUUGAUGCAAAGAUUUUAGCUAAAUAUAAAUGGAAAUAUGUUGUUGUGGAUGAGGGACAUCGGUUAAAGAACAAUAAGUGCCUCUUGUUCCGAGAAUUGAGGCGAUUGCCAAUGGAAAAUAAGCUUCUUCUGACAGGGACACCUCUGCAGAAUAAUUUGGCUGAACUAUGGUCAUUAUUAAACUUCAUCCUACCUGAUAUUUUUUCAUCCCACAAGGAGUUUGAGUCAUGGUUUGAUUUUUCUGGGAAGGGCAAUAGUGAGAGCCAGUCAGAAGAAACUGAAGAAAAGAGGAAGGUUCAGGUGAUCACUAAGCUCCACAGCAUACUACGCCCUUUCCUCUUGCGAAGAAUGAAAGAAGAUGUAGAGCAGAUGCUUCCCCGCAAGAAGGAGAUAAUCUUGUAUGCCAACAUGACUGAACAUCAAAAGAAAAUCCAAGGUCACUUAGUGAAUAAAACUAUUGAAGAUUUUUUGGAAAAGGAAUCGGAGAAUGUGAUUUGGAGGUCUGGAAUGAAAGGAAAACUGAACAAUUUACUUGUUCAACUAAGGAAGAAUUGCAACCACCCAGAUAUUUUAGAAUCUCCAUUUGAUGGGUCUUAUUUCUAUCCACCGGUUGAGAAACUAUUAGAACAGUGUGGAAAAUUCCAGUUGUUCGACAGAUUAUUGGCUUUGCUACUUGCUCAGAAGCACAAAGUUCUUAUUUUUUCUCAGUGGACAAAAGUUUUGGACAUCAUUGAAUAUUACUUAGGUGAGAAAGGGCUUGAGGUUUGCAGAAUUGAUGGCCAUGUUAAACUGGAUGAAAGGAGAAUUAUGAUAGAGACUUUCAAUAACGAGAACAGCAAUAUGAGUAUUUUUCUUCUCAGCACACGAGCUGGUGGAUUGGGCAUUAACUUAACUGCUGCUGAUACUUGUAUCUUAUACGAUAGUGAUUGGAAUCCUCAAAUGGAUCUGCAGGCUAUGGAUAGAUGUCAUAGGAUUGGACAAACACGACCUGUGCAUGUGUAUAGGUUGGCAACAUCGCAUUCUGUAGAGGGUCGGAUUAUCAAGAAGGCUUUUGGAAAGUUGAAGUUAGAGCAUGUAGUUAUUUCUCAAGGACAAUUUCAGCAAGAGAGGAUCAAACCUAAUACAUUAGAGGAAUCAGAACUACUGGCACUGCUUCGAGAUGAAGAAGAUCCUGAAGAUAAGCUGGUUCAAACUGACAUCAGCGACGAUGAUCUAUUGAGAGUCAUGGAUCGCAGCGAUCUAGUAGAUCCAAAGGAUGCCAAUGGGGCAUCUGGUACCCCUCUUCCUCUCAGAGGACCUGGUUGGGAGGUGGUAUUAACUGCCAAAAGUGGAGGUGUGUUGUCGGCGCUCGGGAGCUGAUUGCCAAUUGGAGGGUGGUUACAUCUGCUUUUUGUCUGGCUGUCAACCUUCAAACUUUGUCCAACCAAUUCUGAGCCUUUCCGUUGGGAUGCAUCGUUCUCUAGUAGAGAUGUGUUCGUGCGUUGCAAUUUUGGCAGUCAAAGUGGCAUGUGCAACACCCAUCGAUAUUUAUGUAGUGCACAUCACUCCUGUGCUUACGAGCCUCCACUGGCUGACUUGCAUGUUUCAUAAAAACGGAAACUUUGGUCUGAGUUCCUCGUCAGUGUCUCUUAUGAAUUGGUGCUGUCGUCAAUUCUGAUUUUAGAUGUGGUCUUUGAAGAUGGUGAUUUAAUUUUGAAGGUGUGGUCUUUGGAUUUAAAUGCACUCAUUUUAAUGGAGCUUGAAUUUGGCCUUAAAA